UGCAAGGCACUUGAGAGGUGAUUGCUGUGGGAAAGCUGCCGUAAAGCUGCCACUGAUACUGGCUUGGCCACCUUGCCGUGUCAACGGUAUCCCAUGGGACCUUGACGGAUGGAUGUUGCUAAUAACCAAGGAUGUCGAAGCCCAGGCAGAAGGAAUAUAUGCUCUGAUAUGCGAGGGAAUAAAAUAAAAAGCAUGGUACCGCAGCCGCUUGCUGAAAGCGAAACUCUCGAAGAAUGGGCAAGGCAACAGGUGGAGAUGGCAUCUCAGGUCGUAGCGAAUGACGAUGUGCCUUGGUGCCUUGAUGCGCAGGAGCCAGGUCAACGGCUCCAGCGCAUUGGCGGCCUGGACAUCUCCUUCCUGGAGCCCCCUGCUGCGGCUGCUGCGGUGGCCACGCAUGCCGCCGAGGCCGAGGCUGCAAGCGGCGAAAGAGGAGGCGGAGGAGGAGGAAGUGGAGGAGGAGGCGGAGGUGCCAUGGGUACUGGCGGCGGUGGCAGCGACGUUGAGGAGAGGGAGCGGGAGGAUGGAGGAGGGCAGGAGGAGGCGGGGGCGCCCCCAGCUGCUGCGUCGGGUCCGGGUGUGGCAGCGCUGGUGGUGCUUCGCUACCCGGUACACAACCGCUGCCCGCUUUCCCUCCGGUUGUUCUUCUUCUCCUUCUUCUCCUUCUCCUUCCUCUCCCCCCGCAGGACAUGUCGCUGAUGUACGAGGACUUCGAGCCGGUGGACCUCCGCAUCCCCUACCGGCCCGGCUUCCUGGGCUUCCGGGAGUGUGCGGCGUACGGCCGCCUGCUGCAGCGGCUGGAGGCGGCGCCGCAGGGGCAGGCGUGCCGGCCCCAGGUGCUGCUGGUAGAUGGCUGCGGUCAGCUGCACCCUAGGAGCUGCGGCAGCGCGUGUCAGGUAGG